CACACACACACACACACAUGCACACACGCACGCACGCACACACACACACACACACACACACGCACGCACACACACGUGCACACACACACACACACAUACACGCACACACACAUACACGCACACACACACGCACGCACACACACGUGCACACACACACACGCACACACACACACACACGUGCACACACACACACACACGCACACACACGUGCACACACACACACACGCACACACACACGCACACACACACGUGCACACACACACAUGCACACACACACGCACGUACACACACACGUGCACACGCACGCACACACACGUGCACACACACACACACACGCACGCACACACACGUGCACACACACGUGCACACACACACACACACGUGCACACACACACACGUGCACACACACACACACACACACACACACACACACACACACACACACACACACUGCCUGGCCAAAAUAAAGUCACUAGGAUCCUCCUACUGAAUGAGUGAUUAUCUUUCAGCUGCAACCAGUUAUUUAACUGGUGGUUGUGGAAAAGAUGUUAGUCUGUUUUAGAAGGGUCAGAUCAUUGGCUGGCAUCAAGCAGAGAAAACAUCCAAGGAGGUUGCUGUACCCUGUUUUAGAGCGAUGGGCGCAUCAGGGUAAGAAGAGCGGCCGAUUAAGUGAUGCACCCAUCAUGCCUAGUGCCCACUGCACAAGCCUGUGGGGGCAGUGCUAUGAUCUGGGGGUGCUGCAGUUGGUCAGGUCUGGGUUCAGCAACAGGAUGUGCUCAAAGAAUGAGGUCAGCUGACUACCUGAAUAUACUGAAUGACCAGGUUAUUCCAUUUCCCUGACGGCACGGGCAUAUUCCAAAUAGUGAAAGAGUGGUUCAGGGAACAUGAGACAUCAUUCUCACACAUGGAUUGGCCACCACAGAGUCCAGACCUUAACCCCAUUGAGAACCUUUGGGAUGUGCUGGAGAAGGCUUUGUGCAGUGGUCGGACACUUCCAUCAUCAGUGCAAGAUCUUGGUGAAACAUUAAUGCAACACUGGAUGAAAAUUAAUCUGGUGACAUUGCAGAAGCUCACUGAAACAACGCCACAGUGGAUGUGUGCCGUAAUCAAAGCUAAAGGCGGUCCAACGAAAUACUAGUGUGUGUGACCUUCAUGGCGACUUUUCUUUUGGCCAGGCAGUGCUUUGUUGAAAUUUGAUGAUGUUCCAGCGCUUUUUUAUUUAGCAGAAAUCAGGUUUUUGAUUGAUUUGAAAUGCAUUUUUGUUGAUUUUUAUUUUCUUUAGUUUAAAUAGACAAAGUGAACGUUAAGGAGCUGGUUUUAAAAGACGACGCAUUUACUCUGAGGAUUUCAUACUGCUACGCUCUACUUACUCUUUGUUUCAUGGAAACAUUGUGAAAAUAUAAAAAAAAAAUACUGUUAUUUUUCGCAAUGAACCAUGAUUUUUGUCCUGACACAAGUGUGGCAUGUAUCUGUGGGACAGGACUGCAGGGACAUGGCAGGUCUCAGUUCUGUCCCAUCUCUCCCCUCUGGAAGCUGCGAUGAGCCUUCUAUCCAAACCCAAGGGGCCACACAGCUUCUGGUGCCCCUCUCUUAUCAGUCACUACCUACCUGAUGGUUUGUGUUCCUGUCAGCUGAAGGUGACUGAUUGUUUCAUCAGGCUCACUGAUAUCUGCACAGAAACCAACCCUCUGAACCAUUUGCUGCAUGUGACUCUUGGUACACUCAAAUUGAGUCAGUGAAACAGACAGAAUGUAAAAUGAAGAAAAAAGCUUUUUUCACUUAAACUUUGCAGCCAGAGCUGUUACUUUAUCCACCUUUCUAAAUGACAUCUACAUCAACAUGAGCUGAGGUGGAUGUUUAUAGAUGUGCUGGAUCAGAACAAGGGCAGUACUCUCUCACUCCUGCUCCCUCUGACUUAGGCCUAGUCCACACGUAGCCGUUUUUUUUUUAAAAACGAAUAUCCGCCCCUCCAAAAACUUGCAUCCACACCACCUCGUUUUAAAAAAAAAAACUGUCCACACGUACCCGGAUAAAUACGUUGUUAAGGACAUGCCAGACCUGUAGGCGGCAGUACUUCCCCCGUUCGUAACCUCGUCCUUCGUCUGUGGUCUUCCGCAAGGAGCAGUAAUUCCGCUUGCAAAAACAAACAAGCAAAAAGCGCUUGGACAAUUGAUAAAGCGAGCGCAGCUCUGAGGGCAUUCAUGCUGUCGGCUAGUGUAAACACAGGUCGCACACGUGAUGUCAGCAUUUUUUUGUCGCGGAAAGUGACGCUGCGGACCUUAAAACUCUGGUUUUGUCUGUCCACACGCAGACACCCAAAACGCAGAUCUUCACUUUGGCCGAAGUUUUUAAAAAGAUCCGUUUUCCUGUGAAAAAACUCCGUUUUCGUGUGGAUGACAGGCCAAAACGUAGAAAAAUAUCUACGUUUUGGCAGAUCCCCGGCUACAUGUGGACAGGGCCUUACACUGUUCUCCCAGAGGGACUUGUUAUUAAUUAACCAGUUAACAGCCUCAGGAAGUUCCAGUUCCUGCAACCUUUUUUGAGCGCCUUAAAAAUCUCUAAAAAUAGUCAACUCUUAAUAUUAGACCCAUGGUCAAGCAAAGUCGUGGAUGUUGACCUGCACAGUCUGCAGAGUUGGCUCAGAGUCUUGCAAACAAACCACAGAGACACAGCCUGGUGAACAUCUAAACGUAACCCUUUCAUGUAUGAAUAAGGAAAUCUUCAACCAUGAUUUUUGUAACAAGUUUUUCAUUCACCUUUAGGUAUGAAUGAAACAAAUUUCAACUAAUUUUUGUUUUUUAACAUUUAAUUUACAAAUAGUUUAUUAUAUGUCCACUUCAGUGGACAGUGUGCAUUCUGAACAUUAAAUAUGUUGGCUUGACUUUAACUAGAGUCCAAUGGGGGGCUCAAAUGCAAUUCCAUUAUGCACGAAAGGGUUAAAAAAGCUGCUCAUUCUGACCCAAACUGCUUAGUUCUGUCUGUGAAGCCCAGAGGAUGCUCUGAGUGACUACGUGGGCCUGCCCGGCAGACCUCAUGGUUUUAAUACUUGGUAGAAACAUUGAUAAGGUAGAGCACCGAUCUAACGUCUGGACACCCCGGCUCAUUCACUAUUAGUGGGAAUAUGUGUUCAGACUCUUGACUGAACCUCUAUAAAUGAUGAUCAUUCCAGGCAGUAUGCAGAAACAAGAUACGCACGUGCGCGCGCGUGCACACACACACAGACACACACACACACACACACACACACACACACACACACACACACACACACACAGUCCUCUCAUCUAGUAGAGCAUCUCGUGGAGCAGCAACUAAAUAUUACUGAAGGUUUCCCUAAGUUGCAUCAGAGUUUCCCUCUAAAAAUAGAUCCUUAAUAGUGAAUCUGAUAGUCAACAGUUUUCUGGGAAAAACACAGCCGGUGAAGGACUCCAAUAUCAUGCAGAAAGCUGCCUUGUUGAUUAAACAGCUGCACUCAUAAAUCAUCAGAUUAAAAUAAGAACACCGACUGGUUAAAGGGGAGGACAGAGUCCACCGUGUUUGGACAGGGUGUGAGGAAUUAUUACGAAUCCCUCAGAAAAUCAGAAUGAAGGAAUAAAUAUUAGAGCAGUCUUUAAGGACAUGGGUUUCUGUAUGUAUUUCCUUCAUCAAUAAUCAAAGUUGAAACCAACAGUGAUGAUAAUGUUUAUUUAUUUCUCUCAUUAGUAGAAAAUCACACUCCUACACAUGUCUAAAUGUAUUACAAGCUUUUGUUUUCUGUAGUGUUUCUUCUUUGCCUUCCUGCUCUCUGUCUUCUCUUCUAAUGAUUAUUUUUAAUCUCAUUUGCAUUCAAAUUACCUCACAGGUGGUACACCAAUAAGAGGUAAGAAUGCCAGGUGCAGCAAGCAUCUCUUCAUCCCCACUCCUUCAUGGUCUUCUUCAUCAUGUCCUUCGGUCUGUUUGUCUCCAUCUCCUCCAUCCCUGUCAGAAAGAGCGUGACCUUUCAAAGGUCAAACACAUGAAAACCCUCAACAGAGACACUCGAUCAGUUUAACAAACCAGAAUGGGUGAAAGGUAAUUGUAGGUCAAAGGAGCUCUUCAAAUAGAAAACAGCAACAUGUCCGACGAGGGGAAGUAUGAGUGUGUGGCGGUGAACAGUGCUGGGACUCGCUUUUCCAGUCCAGCUAACCUUUAUGUUCGAGAUCAGCGCGAAGUGCGUCGUGUGCCUCCCCGUUUCUCCAUCCCCCCCACUAAUCACGAGGUGAUGCCUGGGGGCAGUGUGAACCUGACCUGUGUGGCUGUUGGCUCUCCGAUGCCUUUUGUCAAGUGGGUGAGUGGUGAGGUGGGGCUGUCCCAGGAGAACCACCUUCCUGUUGGCCGUAACGUCCUGGAGCUCACCAACAUCCACCAAUCUGCCAACUACACCUGCGUGGCCAUGUCUGAUCUGGGCGUCAUCGAGGCCACGGCUCAGGUCACUGUCAAAGCUCUUCCCAAGAUGCCUCAUUUCCUUGGAGUAGUAGAGACCACGGCCACCAGUGUCACUCUGAACUGGGAAUCUGGGAAUGCUGAGCCUGUUUCCUACUAUCUGGUUCAGUACCGACCCAAACUGUCUGAUAAUGGUUUCCAGGAGGUAGAUGGGGUAGCCUCUACUCGAUACAGCAUCGGAGGCCUCAGCCCUUUUUCUGAGUAUGAGUUUCGUGUCCUGGCUGUCAACAGUAUUGGCCGGGGGCCUCCAAGUAGUGUUGUGGAAACCCGCACAGGUGAGCAGGCGCCUUCAUCAGCACCUCUCCACGUCCAGGCUCGCCUGCUGAGUUCCUCUAACAUACUGGUGCAGUGGGAACCUCCAGAGGAGCCCAAUGGUCAAAUCCAGGGCUAUCGGAUCUACUACAGCUCUGAACCCAGUGAGCAGUCUAGCACCUGGAAGAUACAUAACACUGAUGAAAGCAGAUUCACCACCAUCUCAGGCCUGACUCCAGGUCUCACUUACAGCCUGAAGAUGCUGGGCUUCACUGCUGUGGGAGAUGGACCACUCUCUGAUGUUCUGCAAAUCAAAACCCAACAAGGAGUUCCAUCGCAGCCCUCUGGUUUUGAGGCUGAGGCCGAGCUGGAUACUCGCAUCAUGCUGUCAUGGCUUUGGCCAGGCCAAGACCCCAUCAUUAGCUACGAACUGCUUUACUGGGAGGCCAGCAGUCCUGAAAAUAAGCACCGUGUCACUUUCAAUGCAGCAGGCUCCUAUGCUGUUGAUGGUCUAAAACCAGAUACAGUGUACUUGUUUUCCUUAGCAGCCCGCUCCGAGAGGGGUUUGGGACUCUUUACUCAGCCAGCUGAAGCCAGGACCACCCAGUCCAUGCUUGGAGCUCCUCCCAGGAAGGUGGUUGCAGAAGCCCUCAACUCCACUGCUGUCAAGGUCACCUGGACGCCUCCUUUAUUCAUUAAGCAGCAGACUGGAGGCUAUCAUGUCAUCUGCUCCAGGCUAAAGAACGGGGAACCUCACAGCCAACCACUUGUGGUGGACAUUUCAAACCUUCAAGCUCAGGAGGCUGUUAUAUCCGGCCUUCUCCCUGAGACCACAUAUUCCCUGACUGUAUCUGCCUACACCACCAAGGGCAGUGGAGCACUCAGCAAGGUCAAAAUGGUGACUACCAAAGGAGCGGUCCCUGGGCCGCCCACCAUGAUGAUCAGCACCAUGACAGGAAACACUGCUCUGAUCCAGUGGAGACCUCCUAAAGAGACUGUGGGAGAGCAUGUAGGAUACCAGCUGCAGUUCAAAAGAACAGAUGAAGAAUCUUUCACCGUCAAAGACUUCAGAAAGACUGAUGAUCAUUUUACUGUCACUGGCCUACACAAAGGAGCUGUUUACAUCUUCAAACUGUCUGCUAAAAACCGAGCAGGCACAGGGGAGGAGUACAUUAAGCAGAUAAGCACUCCUGAAGAUGUCCCCAGUAGCUACCCUCAGAACCUGAGCGUGGUAGCUCUCACUUCCACCUCCACCAAGAUGGCUUGGGAGCCUCCUCCUUUAGCUGAGAGGAAUGGAAACAUCACCAAGUAUGUGGUGAUGUUUCGAGAUAUCAAUGGUCAGCACAACAACAGCAACAGUACAAGAGAAACACAGAUGACCAUCCAGGGUUUGCAGCCUGACACCACCUAUGACAUCAGAGUCCAAGCCUUCACCAGCAAAGGAGGAGGAUCCUUCAGUCCCAGUGUCCAAAUCAAGACCAUGUCCACCUCCAUGAUAGCAUUUACCAAAAACUUUGGUGUGAAGGCUGUGAUGAAAACCUCUGUUCUACUGACCUGGGAUCUGCCAGAAACAUACAAAUCUCAAGUUCCUCUUAAGAUUCUCUAUAAUCAUCAAAGUGUAGAGGUCCAAGGCCAUCUGAUGAGAAAGCUGAUCACGCAGCUGCAACCAGAUACAGAUUACUCCUUCAUAUUGAUGAGUCGGGGGAAUGGUGCUGGUGGGCUUCAGCAGCAGGUUUCCAUCAGAACAGCUCCAGACCUGCUCAUUGUGAAGCCAACACGGUACCAGCUGAGUGAAGAGGAAGACAGAGUGAUGAUCCUUCUGCCUCAGGUCCCAGCUGAAGCCCGAGUAAGGUGGUUCUACAUUGUUGUGAUCCCUGAAAGCCAAGUUUCUCUGAACAGAUGGGAAAACCCUGAAGACAUGGACGUACUCGAGCUGAUGCUGGAGGCUGAAGCUGACAGCCAUCUGCAGAGACAGAGUCCAGAUUUACCACAGUCCUAUAUUGCUGCUAAACUGGACUCUUUGCCAGAGAUCUUCGCUCUGGGUGAUGACAAGAAAUACCAUGGAUACUAUAACAGAGCACUUCCUGUUCAGAAGCUGUACCGCUGCUUUGUUCUGGCUGAACUGAACGAUCAGGAGUCUCAGAAGGUGUUUUCAGCCAGUCCGUUCUCUGAGAGCUUCAUGCUGAAGUUCAGUGGAGUGACCUCACGAGCUCAGGAGGAUCCAGAGAUGUUAUGGGUGAUGGGUCCAGUGCUGGCUGUCAUCAUUAUCAUCAUCACAGUCAUUACUAUUUUGCUCUUCAAGAGCAAACAAGAAAGGAAACGUACAGCUCCAGCCAAGGAUGAGCACAUGUUAGGGAAGAAGGAUGCCCUUGUGGCCCCCAUCGCAGACCCAGUGGAGAUGAGGAGACUGAACUCUCACACACAAGGGAUGAAGGAGCAUCCUCCCAUUUUUGUUAGCAACUUAGCAGACCACAUAGAGAGACUCAAAGCUAACAGUGGGCUGCGCUUCUCUCAGGAAUAUCAGUCUAUUGAUCCAGGACAGCAGUUCACCUGGGAGAACUCCAUCCAGGAAGUCAAUAAGCCCAAGAACCGCUAUGCAAAUGUUAUUGCUUACGACCACUCCAGGAUCAUCCUCACAUCUGUGGAUGGAGUUCCAGCUAGCACCUACAUCAAUGCCAACUACAUUGAUGGCUACAGAAAACAGAAUGCUUACAUCGCCACACAAGGGCCCCUGCCAGAGACUCUUUGUGACUUCUGGAGGAUGGUGUGGGAGCAGAGAACAUGCACUAUUGUUAUGAUGACCCACCUAGAGGAGAAGUCACGGAUUAAGUGUGAACAGUACUGGCCCAGUCGUGGUACAGAGACGUAUGGAAUGAUCCAAGUGACCAUACUGGACACUGUGGAGCUGGCUACAUACGUCAUGAGAACAUUUACUUUUUACAAGAAUGGCUCCAGUGAGAAAAGAGAAGUUCUACAGUUCCAGUUCCUGGGCUGGCCUGACCAUGGAGUGCCUGAAUAUCCCACCACAACACUGGCCUUUCUUCAAAAAGUCAGGGCAUGUAAUCCUCCAGAUGCUGGACCUAUUAUUGUUCACUGCAGUGCUGGUGUGGGCCGGACCGGCUGCUUUAUCGUCAUUGAUGCCAUGCUUGAGAGGAUGAAGCACGAGAAAUCUGUGGACAUAUAUGGACAUGUGACAUGUAUGCGAGCCCAGAGAAACUACAUGGUGCAAACAGAGGAUCAAUACAUAUUCAUUCAUGAAGCCCUGCUGGAAGCAGCAACAUGUGGCUGCACAGAGGUCACCACUCGAAACCUGUACACACACAUCCAGAAACUCAACCAGAGUGCUGCUGGAGAAACGCUCACCCCCAUGGCGCAGGAGUUCAAGAAACUGACUUCUACAGCAAACUUUAAAGCACAAAAUAUGAGAUUCAUCAGUGCUAACUUGCCGUGUAACAAGUUCAAGAACCGCCUCAUCAACAUUUUGCCGUUUGAAUUCACCCGCGUCUGUCUGAAGCCAAUCAGAGGGGUGGAGGGCUCUGAUUACAUCAAUGCCAGUUUUAUCAAUGGAUACAGGCACCAGGGAGCGUACAUAGCCACCCAAGGUCCUCUAGCUGAAACCUCAGAAGACUUUUGGAGAAUGUUGUGGGAACACAACUCCACCAUUGUUGUCAUGCUCACCAAACUGCGAGAGAUGGGACGGGAGAAGUGCCAUCAGUACUGGCCAGCUGAGUGUUCUGCACGCUACCAGUACUUUGUUGUUGAUCCUAUGGCUGAAUACAACAUGCCUCAGUACAUCCUGAGAGAGUUUAAGGUCACAGAUGCCAGGGAUGGCCAGUCAAGGACCAUCAGACAGUUUCAGUUUACCGAUUGGCCAGAGCAAGGGGUGCCCAAAACUGGGGAGGCUUUCAUCGACUUCAUUGGCCAAGUCCAUAAAACUAAAGAGCAGUUUGGACAGGAUGGACCAAUCACUGUGCACUGCAGUGCUGGUGUUGGACGAACUGGUGUGUUCAUCACCCUGAGCAUCGUGCUGGAGAGGAUGAGGCAUGAAGGAGUGGUCGACGUCUUCCAAACUGUGAAGAUUCUCCGGACUCAGAGGCCAGCAAUGGUUCAGACUGAGGACCAAUACCAGCUGUGCUACAGGGCUGCUUUGGAGUACCUAGGAAGCUUUGAUCACUAUGCAACAUAACUUUACCCUGGUUAACCACUUAGGAGAAUUCCUCUGAGACAUAUGAGACAUAUUCAGGCCACUCUGUGUCCCUGGUACCUCUGAUGAAUAGAAAGUAGGACUGGUAAAGAGAGGACCCCAGUCAGACUCAGAUCCGAGGAAACACAAGAUGGUGACUGCUGCUAUGAUACUACCCCAGCCCUCCAACAGAAGCCUUCCAAUUGUCAACCCCCCAAAAAUGAAGUUAUGCCUCAUUCUGAUUUCUACUUUGCUCCCAAACAUAUGCCUCUUCCUAACGGGAAAACAGUUUGUAUGUUUUAAUUUUAUCCCAGUGUUGUUAUGUAUAUAAAUAAUUUUGUAAUCGCAGACAAGUCAGUUUUCAACAAGUUUUAAUUUUUUUUUCUUUCACUGAUUAUUUUCCCAUAUAAUUGGCAUUUACUUUCAGCAUGCAAAUUUCAACUUUCCACAUUGUAGCUAGUCCAAAGGUACAGUGUUUUUAUGUAUUUACCUAUUUACACACUUGAUGUGGAGAUAGGUGGGUAACAGUGCACAACCUAACAAAAGGAUGUAGACUUAUCGUUUGAUCACUUGGAGGAAACUCAAUAUUUUGUGGUUAUUUUUACAUAUUGGGUAUCAAAAGAAAGAAUGGACUUAGGGAAAGGUUUGUGUUUUGAACCUGUUUCUGUCAUAGAACAGACGUUCACGAUAAUAUUUCAGUCAUUUAGGGAAACUUGGACACAAUUUGUUCUGCAGUUGAUAACAUUUCUUAACCUUUAGAAGAAGACAAACCAUCCAUUGUUUUUCUUUAGUCAGUGUGUUGUACAAGAUCAUAGGGAGCCUUUCAGGGUACACCUUGAAGAGACCUGUCACAAGACCAAAACAAGGACACACCAGGAACAUAUUUCAGUCAUCUUCAAAACACCUGGUUUCAACUGAAGUCCAAUUAAUUUCAGGUCCAGAUCCAAUCUAACUACAGCUAACACAUUCAGAUUUAGUGAAGUAUAAAAAUUUUUUUUAUAAAAUAUAAAUUUAAAGGGUUUCAGAUUUAAUCUUCAUACAAUUAAGAAUCUUCUGAUACCUAACCUUUAUGUUCUGGGGCCGUUAAACACAAACUAACUGAGCACCAACCCUACAGAUGACCCACAUGUGUUCAGGGAGGUCAUGUGACCUCCAGCUGAGAUUUGGACUCAAAGCAACACGCUAACAAGCACAAGGCCUCAGCGAUAAAUAAUGAAUACAGGAUCAUUUUAUGAAUCUUUAUUUUAUUUAUCAACUAUCAUGCAGGAAAACCUCUUUGUAAAGUUAUGAUGAUCCACCUGACAGAUCUGACAUCAGGAGGUCUUCCACUUAAGUCAGAAAAACUAAGGUGGUUUCUUCAUGGAUCAGUCCCAUCUGACCAACAGAUUGCAUAGAGAAUAAUUUAGAUUAUACCUGGUGAACACUACAGCUCACAUUCACCCUUUCACAAACCCUUUAGAAGAUUGGGCACAUGUGUUGGAGAAGCUAAGAUCAAACCACCAACAUCCUGAUGGUUUAAAUCUUCACCGAGUCGUACAAAGAUGCUAGCCUCAGUGUAAAGAGAAGACCUCUGGACUGGUCAAAAGUUAUAUUAUCUAUUAUGUUUUGUUAUCUGUUACUUUAUUGUUAGUUAAAAGCAGAGAUUUGGGGAUUUUAAUGUUUCUACCUUCCAAUAAACUAUUUUUGCAAUGGUUAAAA